AUGAGAUUCACCAAGCAGUUCCUCGCCGCCAUCUUCCUCAUCUCCGCCUCGGGCGCUGUCGCCGCCGGCGUCGAGACCCAGGCCGACAACCAGGGUCUUCCUGAUCUGAAGGACAAGAUCCCUGAUUUCAAGGAUAAGAUUCCUGACUUCAAGGAUAAGAUCCCUGAUUUCAAGGACAAGAUCCCUGACUUUAAGGACAAGAUCCCCGACCCUAAGGACAAGAUCCCCGAAAAGCCUGAGAAGCCCGAGAAGCCCGAGAAGCCCGAGAAGCCCGAGAAGCCUAAGAAGCCCGAGCUUCCCGAUAUUCCCAAGCCCGAGAAGCCUGAGAAGCCCAAGAAGCCUGAGCUUCCUGAUAUUCCCAAGCCUGAGAAGCCUGGCAAGCCUAAGAAGCCCGAGCUUCCCAAGAAGCCCGAGAAGCCCGAGAAGCCCGAGAAGCCUGAGAAGCCUUCGAAGACCACCUCGGUCCCGGUCUCGUCGACCACUCACCACAAGGUCCCCUCGUCGACCCCCUCGACCACCUGGACCUCUUCCGAGCCGGCCUCGUCGACGCCCACUCCUUCGUCCGAGUCAUCGACCUGGACGACCUCGACGGUGCCCGCCACCUCGUCCAAGACCCACCACAGCAAGGUCCCCAAGACCACGCCCACGCCGGUCCCGAUCGGAAACUCGACCGUUCCCAGCGAGCCGUCGUCGACCGCGCCGGUUGAGUCCUCCAAGACCUGGGUGCCUCCCACCACCGCGGUCCCCACCGGCGGCCAGCCCAAGACACUCAAGAACAAGACCUUGCCUUCUGCGACGCACACCCCCAUCGUCUUCGAGGGCCAGUCCAGCACCCUCCGCACUUCCGUCUACACCAUCGGCACUCUUGCUGCUCUUGUCGGCGUCGCUCUUUUCCAGUUUUAA